AACGCUGUUCCGCAAAGCAGAAGUGUUGCGGAUGUGGGCAGCAGCAGUGCGCAGCGGCCUGUGUGCUGCAGCAGCGCGGUCCGAUCAGCCAUGAACCCGGAGGAGCAGACUGUAACCUGGCUCAUCUCACUCGGAGUGCUUAAUUCCCCUAAAAAGAACAUCGCGGACCCGGAGGGAUUUCUCAAAGCAUCACUUCGAGAUGGAGUCGUCUUGUGCAAGCUUAUGGAGCGACUGGUACCGGGAUCUAUUACAAAGUACUGUCCAGAUCCUAAAUGUGAAACCGACUGCAUUGGCAACAUUCGGGAGUUUUUGAAAGGAUGCGUCUCUUUAAAGGUUGAGGGUUUUGAACCAGAGAGCUUAUACACUGGUGAGAAUUUUAGCAAGGUUCUGUCCACACUGUCAGCAGUAAACAUCGCUACUCAAGAUCGUGGUACUGAGAGGCCAUGUCCACAGUCCAGCUCCUCUGUUCCUAGUUUGUCGAUCUCGACAUCAUCCAUCUCAAAGUCCAAAUCCUUGCGUAGACAAUCAAAAGCAGUGGAGAUGUCAGAAAAUGGAGCAGGUAGCCAGCUGAUGGUGAAGGCACGCUUCAACUUCAAGCAGAACAACGAGGACGAGCUCUCAUUCAGCAAGGGCGAGCUGAUCCAUGUCACCCGGCAGGAGGAGGGUGGAUGGUGGGAAGGGAUGCUCAAUGGCAAGACUGGCUGGUUCCCCAGCAACUAUGUCCGAGAGGUCAAACCAUGUGAGAAACCAAUCUCGCCUAAAGCGGUGAAGGGGUUCGAUGUUCCACAGCUGACCAAAAACUACUACAGUGUGGUGGUACAAGACAUCCUGGAGCACGAGCGUGAGUUUGUGAAAGACCUCCAGACGGUUCUCACCUGCUAUCUGCGACCUCUACAGGGCAGUGACAAGGUUUCAAGUGCAGAGAGCAGCAGUUUAUGUGGGAACUUGGAGGAAAUACUCACUUUCCAACAUGGACUCUGUGCGACUUUGGAGGAAUGUAGCAAGAUGCCUGAAGGCCAGCAGCGCAUCGGUGGCUGUUACAUGAACAUGUUGUGCCAGAUCCGUAUGCUGUACCUGUCCUACUGCUCCAGCCACCCUUCUGCAGUGGCUGUACUCACUGACCACAGUGAAGAGCUGGAUAAGUUCAUGGAGAGUCAGGGAGCCAGUGCUCCAGGCAUCCUGACUCUGACCACCAGCUUGAGCAAGCCCUUCAUGAGGCUGGAAAAAUAUCCCACCCUACUGCAGGAGCUCGAAAGACAUGUAGAGGAAGCCCAUCCAGAUUACAGUGACAUUCAGAAAGCAAAUAUUGCUUUUAAAAAUCUUGUGAUGCAGUGCCAGGAACUGCGAAAGCGAAAGGACCUGGAGGUGCAGAUACUGUCCGAGCCAGUGCGUGGCUGGGAGGGAGACAGCAUGAAGUCUCUCGGCCAGGUGGCCUACAUGUCCCAGGUGCACGUGCAGAGCAGCUCCAGUGAGGACAAAGAGGAGCGCUACUUCAUGCUGUUUCCUAAUGUGCUAAUUAUGUUGUCUGCCAGCCCACGAAUGAGUGGCUUUAUCUAUCAGGGACGGCUGCAGCUUUCAGGAUGCACAGUGACCAAACAUUUGGAUGAUGCGGAGACCAGUCAUUAUGCGUUUGAGAUUGGAGGAGGUAUGGUCGAGCGCAUGACAGUUUUCUGCAAUAGUUCCCAGGAGCUGCAGGAAUGGUUAGAGCACCUGCAUGCUUUUACCAAAGGUGGAAGUCCUGUUGGAACCAUCCUGAAGAAUGUAGAAGGCAAGCCCAUGAGUAUCGUGGGUACACCGUCUCAUCUGAGCCACAUGCAGGGCUUUGGCACAUCCACGGGCACCAGGUGCCCUCUGGAGCCACCUAAAAUUACCAAGCCGUGGUCUCUGAGCUGCCUGAGACCUGCUCCCCCACUUAAACCAUCUGCCGCCCUGGGCUACAAAGAGAGGAUGUCUUAUAUCAUGAAGGAUUCCAGCAAAAGCCCUAAGCCCAUCAAGAAGUUCCUGAACAAGAGAAAGACAGAGAGAAAAGCCUCAGAUGAUGAAAAUUUGCUCAGAAAAAGUACCGUAGCUUUGGAAGAAGAUGCCCAAAUUCUGAAAGUGAUUGAAGCUUAUUGCACUGGAGCCAGCCUACACCAGACCACAACAGCUGUACGUAAGGACGGUGUCCCUCCAAUUCUGCUACCAGAGGAGGAGAAGAUCAUUGUUGAAGAGAUGAAGAGCAACGGCCAAACAAUCACUGAGGAGAAAAGCCUUGUUGAUGCUGUUUACGCAUUAAAAGACGAAGUCCAUGAGUUGAAGAAGGAGAACAGAUGGAUGAAGCAGUGUCUGGAAGAGGAGCAGAAAUCCCGCAAAGAGCUUGAGCGUUUGGUCAGGAAGCUGGCUAAACAGAAGAACGACUAUACGUGGGAAGACGGAGGCCACUAAGUAACAUUUCUAAAUGUUCUCCCCUUCCACAUGUAUGAGAGUGUGUGUGUGUGUGUGUGUGUGUAUGAAAGAGAGUGGGUGGAUGAGUUGCUAGUUUUGGGUUUACACCAAAUGUUGCAGUGAGAAAGUCUUCCUGCCUUGUAAACUUUUUUUUUUUUUUUCUUUCUUUUCUUUUUUUUUUUUUUUUCUUUUUUUUUUUUUUUAGAAUAACUUUCUUUGUGGAUGUCUUGCUAUGAGAUCAUUUGUGCUUGACUGUUGUCUGUACUGGGUUUCAGAAAAGGUUCAUGCAGAGUGUGUUUACUUCCUGCAAACAGGGCAAAAAAUGGUGUUAGACUUUAGCAGCGCGACAACGUAGUUGUGAAAGUCUGCAUCUGUGACUUUAGCCAUAUGGCUCACAAAACCAGAUUUUAUCUCCCUGUCCACCCUCUAACAUUAAGCGUAGGACUAUAUAAGUGAUGCAGUACAAUAUAAGAAGUGUAAUAACUAUACAUCAGAUGUGCAAAUGUAGCCAUUAUUUCCAUGCAUUUGGAAAAAGGAAAAGAUUCAGUGUUCAGACUUGAUGGGGAAAAUAAGAUUCAAUCUUCAACCAGAAAACGUGUGUGUGUGUGUGUGUGUGUGUGUGUGUGUGUGUGUGUGUGUGUGUGUGUGUGUGUGUGUGUGUGUGUGUGUGUGUGUGUGUGUGUGUGUGUGUGUGUGUGUGCGCGUGCUGAUGAAGCCUCCAUUCAACAAGCAUGAAAGUGAGCUCAAAGGCCAUAUGUCUUUAUAUGUGAAACUACCUUCAUGGUACACUGGCAGACAGUUUCAAUAGUGGACUUCUUUGUGUGUUUUUAUUUCUAAUUCUCUAUGUUCAUCUGAUUGAUAAAGGAAGCAUUCAUGCUUGAUAUUAGGAAUGUGAAUUAUGGAAUAUGUUGCACAUGAAUGACAUGAGAUGCUCCGGUUGUCCUCUCGAAAUGAUUAGUCUGUUUGCUUGUUGUUGUUUUUUUAUUAUUAUGAUGAUGUAGCUUUUUGAAUAGUUUGAAAAGGAGCUGGUGUGUUAUUACUGGCCAUCAAAAAUAUUUCCUUAAACUAUAUCUGUUACAAUCUACAAUAUAUGUGUGUACAGUAUUUCUAUAGCAUUCUUUACACAAGAUCUUUUUUUGUUUGUUUCUGUUUGUUUGUUUGUUUGUUUGUUUUUUUGUUGUUUUUUUGGGUCGUUCUUGCUCAAAGCUGUUCAUAGCAAAAGAUGCAGCUAUUCCUAGAAAUACAAUACGAUUUCAAUACUAUUACGGUAUAAUUUAUUACAUAUGUAUAUCAUAUAUACUUUAAAACAGUAUAUAAUAGCUAGUAUAGCCAAAAAUAACCAUGUAAGCUUUCCUAUUUAGAAAUAAUACAAUAAUUGAUGAUUACCUCCCUAUUCUGAGGUCGUUUAAAAUAUAUUUAUUUUUGAAUGCAGUAGUCCUGUAUUGAAAACAUGGUAUUUGGGCGUCUCUAAGCACUCCUAUAACCUUACACCUCAUUUAACCAUCUGGUCUUACACAAAGAUUGUAGGAAUUUUUAUUAGUAAGGACGAUUUCAUUGUAUUCCGUAUGAAUUAAGUUGUAUGAAAAGCUUGUUACUGUUAAUCUCACCGCCCCUGACCCUAACCUUAAUUGCUUGUAGCUUUUUUUUUUCUUCUUAAUUAUUAUUUUUUUGUGCGUGUUUGAAUUCUUGCCACUGCAGUCCUGACACCAUGCUGGAUUUGCUAAGAAAUUAGCAGUAUAUUCAUAGCCGCAAUAAUUUUUUAUAAGUAUGCGCUCUUUAUUAAAGGCAGUUGCACUGCAUGAUUAUUAUAUUAGGGCACCAUGAAUGUGAAUUUGUAGAUGGAUAACCAAAUUUAGGCAUAAGGUCAUAAGAAAAACGAACCGUUUAUAGCUGUGAUCUCUGAUAAUAAUCAUUUUUGUAACAUGUUUAAAUGCUAAACCGGUACACCCUGUUGGAUGCAUAUUAUAUGCUCUGCUGCAUUGCCUGAUCUUUCUUGUACGGUUAUAACACGAACAGAUUGGUGACAAUUAAAAGGGAAAAAAAAAACAGCAGUGUAUUAAUUAAUAAGGUGUUGGUUCUUCAGCUUCGCUGCCCAAUGGUACAGAUUUAAUAAGUUUCUGGACCUGUACUGGAAAGAUGAGCACCAUUCUUCCAGAACAUAUUCCCUCCAUCAGUGAUUUGAUGAUGGUGGCAGAGAGCACUGUGAAAACACACGACUCCAGAAUUGCACAAUGGACUUUGAAUUCAUUUGAAGUCAUACUUCCCUCUAAUGGCAAACCACGAUCCCUUGCAUCAGAGCCGUGGUUUUUUUUUCCCUUUCAUUUGUCAUACGUCUGUGCCAUUACCUUGAAAACGAAACUAUUUGAUUAUUUGAUUAAAAUUAGACCCUAUGGGCAAUAUUAUCAUAAUAAAUAGGUGUAUAUUUAAGCAUAACGAAGUGGUGACACGGUACGUGUAGAUGUUAAAAAGCCAUAAAAACAGGAAUAGAUGUGUUUGCGCAGUCCUGCAAAAAAAAAAAAGCAACCUAGUAUUCAAUGCAAUAAGACUGAAGACUGGUUUACUGUUAACUGUUAUGCAUUGAGGAGCCUCAAUUUGCACUGAGGUAUGUUCUCCAACUGGUUGACAGGAUUUACUCCUACAACCUAUAUGAUCCUGUUUCUAUAGUGCUGUGAUGAUGUAAAAAAAAAAAAAAAAAAACCUUUUUUAUUAUUUUAUUCUUCCAGAGAGAGAGAGAGUUACUGGUACUACUCAGUAAUUUGUCUAAGCUGUGCUCGUCAUUGUGUGUGUUUUGCAUAGCUGUAAGUAUUAUUUAAAAAUUUCCAUAGUUGCAAUUAAUAUUAUUGAUUAUAACAAUUUAAAUACCCGUCCAGCUGUUGAGAUUUAUGUUAUUGCUGAUGUGCGUAUUAUCCAUAAUUGAUGUGCUGCUUCAUACUUUGAAGGACUGAUUGUUCUGAGUGGUGGUCUGUUUGUUUCCAUUUUCCUGGUACUAGACUAUCACAUGAUAUUUGUUAUACUUAAUAUUGUAUGCUGUCUCUGAUGUCAUGAUUGGGGCUGGGAUUGGAUAAAACUGCCUGAAAUCUGUAUCACUUGCAGGAGAUUUUCCUUGGAUGUUCAUCUACAGUAGUCACUUAUUUUUCUUUAAGCACAACCAUGUGGAUUUCUAUGCAAAUAUCAUUGUAACAUAUAUAUUUUUUCUUUCUUUUUUGUGCUUCUGUUCCCUUUUUCCCCCCUUUUUUGCCUUCAUUUUUAAAGGAACUGUUUUAAUAAAAACAUCAGAUAAAUAACA